UAGCGGUACCAAUCGAAACAAUGCCAUUCCAUCGAGAGACGUUAAUGGAACGAACUCAGGCAAUCAGACAGUCAACCUAGCAGGCAUUCAGGUAUUCAGGGACCUUGUCCAUGAAGAAGGUACCAAGAGGGGCAGAAGGUACGGGUAGGCUGAUAUAGGUGUACGCCGUGGUAUUGGUGGACGUUGGUACAAGAGAUGUUCAGGUUGAGGUUCUGGACGUGGGUACCUAAUGUCUGAUAUCGGAUCGGCCGGAGGCGACGGCACGUUGAUUGAAGCCCUCGCAACCUGGAACUCACACCGAACUCUAAGUGCAUGGAUCCUUGUGGGUACCAACUUCCCACACAAAGUUAGAUACUAUGCUAUCUUGCUAUCUGGUGGAGAUUGAUGGAAAGGGUGAGAAGUGUUGAAAACCAAAGUGCAACUAGGGAAAUGUUUUUGUCCGCAUACUUGUUGGUCAGGGCAGAGUCAAUCAGCUCGGUGGAGUAUUUAUAAACGGAAGACCCUUGCCGAAUCACAUAAGACUAAAGAUUGUAGAAAUGGCGGCUGCUGGUGUUAGGCCUUGCGUCAUAUCGAGACAGUUGCGCGUCUCGCAUGGAUGCGUCUCGAAGAUACUGAAUCGCUACCAGGAAACUGGAUCCAUCAGACCCGGUGUAAUUGGCGGAAGUAAACCGAGAGUAGCUACGCCGGAAGUUGAAGCACGGAUCGAAGAUCUCAAGAGGCAGAAUCCCGGAAUCUUCAGCUGGGAGAUCAGGGACAAAUUGAUCAAGCAGGAUGGAGUCUGUGACAAAGCAUCCGCUCCGUCUGUAUCAAGCAUCUCCAGGCUUCUUCGAGGUCCUUCGAAUCAGACAAGACCUGGGGAUGAUCCUCGACGUAACCACUCCAUUGACGGAAUACUGGGUGGCAGCAGUGGUGACGACUCCGAUACCGAGAGCGAACCUGGUAUUGCCCUUAAGAGAAAACAACGCAGAAGCAGAACGACCUUCACUGGCGAACAGUUGGAACAGCUUGAGGCUGCUUUUCACAGAACUCAGUACCCAGAUGUUUAUACCAGAGAGGAACUGGCCCAAAAAACGAAACUGACCGAGGCACGUGUUCAGGUCUGGUUCAGCAACAGACGCGCAAGACUACGUAAACAACUGAACAGCCAACAAUUGAACGCCUUUAAUACCAUGAGUCUACAGUCUUUUCAAAGCCAACACUACGGCAGUGGCGCAGAAAGUUAUCAGUCUUACGGGCAAGCAUCGGCAGCUGCAGCUGCAGCGACCACCGCAGCGUAUCCCCAGCACUACAACUACAGCGAGAAUUAUUACGCACAGCAGCAAUGGCCAAGAGCUACCCCCGAGAACUAUGGCAUCUUUAAUGCUUCUCAUUAUGGGAGCAGUAAUUUGACCUCGCCGAACCUCAACCUCGGAAGUCUGGCUGGUGGUGUCAGUCCCACGGCGUCCAAUAUGAGUGCUUGUAUGGUUCAAAGCUCUUCUACAGGAGUGCCAACCUCUGGAAUGGGUCACCACGUGACCCCUCAUAGUCCAAGCGAGGCUAAAAGUGGCUACCCUUAUCUCGGGGCUAUAGACUCUCAGGUGUGCGGCAGAGUUCACUGAGAAAUUUAAAUUUGACAAAUAUGACAAUUUGAGUUAUUGUUGUUGCAAUUUUGAGUUCGCUGUGUUUUUUUUUUCUUGUAUAUUGACUGUUUAUUUUCACUGGACUGGACGGGUUGCGUCAGCUUGUCAACUAGGAAUUAUGCCUUUGGCGUUUAAAUACUAAGAAAUUUUUAAAGAGAAAAUUUUUACCGUGACGUUAUUUGUUUUUGUAAAUAUUUUUUUCUCCCUUUCUCGAGUAUCCAAAAUGCUCGUGGAGAAACAGGGAGCGCGUUUAUUUACCAGUGAAUAAGUAUUCGAUGCAUACCCAGUGACUUGGUGAAAUAUUUAUCUUCGACUAUACCUGGUGCUUCUGGGUAAAUUCUCUUUUUUUUUCCUUCAGAGGAAAAAGGAAACCUUGCCUUUAACAUGCCUUAAUAAGCAAUCUGUACUUACAGUGCCUUGAAGUUUGCCUCAUUUCUAACACGUAUCUCGUUACACAUAUGUCUUAUGUACCAUUUUACUACUGUUAAUGCAAACUGAAUUUAUAUUAAGACCUGUACAUAUGUAUCGGUAGAUUUUAGAUCGUUAAAGUUAAGUAUCGCGAGAUAUACAGAAUGUGAGAAUUUUCGAAUUAAUCGUUAAUUACAUGAAUGUGAUGUUUGAUAAUAAUCUGAUUAUUUAAUUGGCCAGUUGUAAAUAAAGCUCUGUUCACACU